UGCAUUGUGGGCGCACGGUCCGUUGUUCAUUUGCCAUUCGACCUCCGCCAGGGCCUGGUCGGACGGAAACGCUCCGCCGGCUUUAUUGUCGGUUCGUUAUGUGGCGGAGCCGGGCAGUUUAGCGCGCCGCUCGCCCUCGGCGCCUCGGAAGCCGGCGGCGGAGUCGGGACUCCUCGGCGCGCCGGAGGAAGGAUAUCUGUUUGGAGGGUCGGUGUGUGCGCGCGCGGCUUUAAAGCGGGGGCAGCGGAGGGUCUCCCCGCACUCCGCCGCUCAACUUCGAAGGCCCCGCGCGCCCCCGGCUCGCUCCUCACCUCCCCGCCGCCCGCCCCCUUCUCCGCGCGGGACGCUGCCCGGAGCGCGGCGGGGCGGGGGUGGAGGACGAGGAGGCGGCCGGAGGCGGCGGCCCGGCGGGCGACGGCGGACGCGUGAGGCAGCCCCGGGCGCGAGCGCGAGCGGGGCGGGAGGGCGAGGCCGGGCCCCGCGAGACCGGAACGCCGGGGGCGGGGGCGGGGGCGAGGCGGAGGGGGAGCGCGCGGGACGCGGCCCGAGGCCGGGCGCGAGCCGGGGCACCGGGCGGCGGCGCGCGCCAUGUCGUUCAGUGAAAUGAACCGCAGGACGCUGGCGUUCCGAGGAGGCGGGUUGGUCACCGCCAGCGGCGGCUCCACGAACAAUAACGCUGGCGGGGAGGCCUCGGCUUGGCCUCAGCAGCCCCAGCCGAGACAGCUCCAGCCGCCGGCGCCGCCGGCGCCUCAGCAGCUCAAUGGGCGGGGGGCCGACGAGGAAGUGGAAUUGGAGGGCCUGGAGCCCCAAGACCCGGAGGCCUCCGCCGGGGCGGCUGCCGCCGCCGCCGCCGAGGAAACCAAGGAGUUACUGCUCCCCCAAGACGCGGGCGGCCCCACCUCGCUGGGCGGCGGUGGCGCGGGGGGCCCCCUGUUAGCGGAAAGGAACCGUCGGACUCUGGCCUUCAGAGGAGGCGGCGGCGGCGGGGGUCUCGGCAACAAUGGAAGUAGCCGCGGCCGCCCCGAGACCUCGGCGUGGCCCCUGAGGCAUUUCAAUGGGCGAGGGCCAGCGGCGGUGGAGCUGGAGCUGGACGCGCUGGAGGGGAAGGAGUUGAUGCAGGACGGCGCGUCCCUGAGCGACAGCACCGAGGACGAGGAGGAGGGGGCGAGCCUGGGCGACGGCAGCGGGGCGGAAGGCGGCAGCUGCAGCAGCAGCAGGCGGUCGGGCGGCGAUGGCGGGGACGAAGUGGAGGGCAGCGGUGUGGGAGCUGGCGAAGGAGAGACUGUCCAGCACUUCCCGCUCGCGCGGCCCAAGUCCCUAAUGCAGAAGCUACAGUGCUCCUUCCAGACCUCUUGGCUCAAAGAUUUUCCCUGGCUGCGGUAUUCCAAGGAUACUGGCCUGAUGUCUUGCGGCUGGUGCCAAAAGACCCCAGAGGACGGGGGAUGCGUAGACCUUCCUCAAGUGGGGCACGAUGAGCUUUCGCGAGGUACCCGCAACUACAAGAAAACCCUGCUUCUGAGGCACCACGUCUCUACCGAGCAUAAACUCCACGAAGCCAACGCCCAGGAGUCAGAAAUACCAUCAGAGGAGGGGUACUGUGACUUUAAUAGUAGGCCAAAUGAGAACUCAUAUUGCUAUCAACUUCUUCGACAACUAAAUGAACAGAGAAAGAAAGGUAUUCUUUGUGAUGUCAGCAUUGUGGUGAGCGGAAAAAUCUUUAAAGCUCAUAAGAACAUCCUGGUUGCAGGCAGCCGUUUCUUUAAGACUUUAUAUUGCUUUUCAAACAAAGAAAGCCCUAACCAAAACAAUACUACCCAUUUAGAUAUUGCUGCAGUUCAAGGUUUUUCAGUCAUCUUGGACUUCUUGUAUUCUGGUAACCUGGUGCUCACAAGCCAAAAUGCCAUUGAAGUGAUGACAGUGGCCAGCUAUCUUCAAAUGAGUGAAGUUGUUCAAACUUGCCGAAAUUUCAUUAAAGAUGCCUUAAAUAUAAGCAUUAAAUCAGAAGCUCCGGAGUCUGUAGUUGUGGACUAUAAUAAUAGAAAACCAGUUAAUAGAGAUGGUCUGUCUUCAUCACGGGAUCAAAAAAUUGCCAGUUUUUGGGCAACACGGAAUCUUACCAAUUUGGCAAGUAAUGUAAAAAUUGAAAAUGAUGGUUGUAAUGUCGACGAGGGCCAAAUAGAAAACUACCAAAUGAAUGACAGUGGUUGGGUCCAGGAUGGUUCUUCUGAAUUGGCUGAAAAUGAAUCUGAAACUCAAACAAAAGUGUUUGUUUGGAAUAAUAUGGGCGCCCAGGGAAUUCAAGAAACUGGCAAAACAAGGAGGAAAAACCAGACGGCAAAGAGAUUUGUUUAUAAUAUACCACCUAAUGAAACAAAUUUAGAAGAUUGCUCAGUGAUGCAGCCACCUGUUGCCUAUCCAGAAGAAGAGUUGUCAUUCAUCAAGGAAGAGCCAGAUCUGGAUGGUGCUCUACUCUCAGGGCCAGAUUGUGAUAGAAAUGUGAAUGCAAAUUUAUUGACUGAAGCCAGCUCUGGUCAGGAUGGAGGUGAUGCUGGUACUUCACAUGAUUUCAAGUAUAGCCUGAUGCCUGGCACGUCAAGCGAUUUCAAGUAUGGAUUGAUACCAGGUACUUCAAGUGAUUUCAAGUAUGGAUUGGUACCAGGUGCUUCGAAUGAUUUCAAGUAUGGAUUAUUGCCUGAAUCUUGGCCAAAACAGGAUACUUGGGAAAAUGGUGAAUCAUCUCUAAUCAUGAACAAGUUAAAAUGUCCUCAUUGUAGCUAUGUAGCCAAAUACAGACGAACACUAAAAAGACAUUUGCUCAUUCACACGGGAGUCCGAUCAUUUAGCUGUGAUAUUUGUGGAAAGCUGUUUACUCGCAGAGAACAUGUAAAAAGACAUUCCCUGGUGCAUAAAAAGGAUAAAAAAUACAAAUGUAUGGUGUGUAAGAAGAUCUUCAUGUUAGCAGCCAGUGUUGGAAUAAGACAUGGAUCUCGACGCUAUGGUGUUUGUGUAGACUGUGCAGAUAAAUCACAACCAGGAGGGCAAGAAGGUGUAGAUCAGGGACAGGAUACAGAUUUCCCUCGGGAUGAAGAAUAUGAGGAGAAUGAAGUGGGAGAAGCUGAUGAAGAGUUGGUUGAUGAUGGAGAAGAUCAGAAUGAUCCAUCUCGAUGGGAUGAAUCAGGAGAUGUUUGUAUGUCUCUAGAUGAUUAACUGACCUACUCUACUCCUCAAGGAUGCUGCAUUUGGACAUAUGAAUCGACAAUUUGAAUUGUUGAACUUGAAGGCUUGCAAAAUAUGGUACAUGCUGGAUGGUAGUUAUGUUGCUGUGAAAACUGUAGGGUCAAAGCCUUAUAGCAAAAAAUUUUUUUUAUAUUUGCACAGGACUGUACAGCAUACAACCUUGUGGUUGGAUUACAUAGAGUCCCCACAUCUUCAGUCAGUUAUCAAAGUAAAAAUAUUUUUUAUUUAUAGGAUAUACAGUAACUUAACUAUUAGGGUCCUAUAAAACAUAGUACCUGUCCUUAAAGAACUUCCAUUCAUGUGCCACUUUAGCAUGAAUGAAGAAAAUCCAUUUAUGAGAGUACAGUGACAGUCGACCCAAUCACUCUAUCAAACCACACAGACUAGUUUGUACUAGUAGAGUUUUGUUUCUAUUUUUAUUUUUAUUAAUUUUAUUUUUUUUAAUACAGAUUUUCAGUGAGGGGCUUUUUCAACCCCAUUGGUUCUACUUUUCUGUAUUUUCGAUUUAAUUUGCUACAUAACUUAAACCAAGUCUCUUCUAGUCUUAGAUAUUUCUCAGUUUCGUGCUAAUGGGCAUGCUUAUAAGAACUGGAGAGGUAAUUUAUUGGUAUGAACUGACUUCCUCCAUUCCCCCUUUCCUUUUUGACAUGAAUUUUACUACUUCACAAAAUGAAGAAUGACGUUGCAAAGUUACCAUGGCGAAGUUGACAAAUACCACUAAAAUGAUUAUGAUUUAGAAGUAACUUUCUCCUGCUGCUCUAAUCUGAUAAAUGGUUACUAUAUGACCUUUCCU